ACCUGAGGGUGCAGGGGACAUCCCAGCCCGAUGUCCCACGAAGGAGGAUGAAGGGGAACGGGGAGGGGGCGCAGCAGAUGGGCAGGGGACCCUCCUCUUCUGCCUGGUGGGGACACCGAGCCCAUCAGCAGCACCGGUGGUGGGCACCGGGGCGCGAUGCUGGCACCCCUCCUGGGGGCCCUGGGCAGGGCAGAUGCUUCGAGGAGGUCUUCCUUCCUCCUGGCCCAGCGAGCGAGCCCCGAGCUGCGCCGCUGCGAGCACCUCUCAUGUGACUGCUGGCUUCCUGUGUGCUUCCCGGCCUCGGUGCCGGCGCCUCGGUACGUGCCCCGCCAGGCGCUCGGUCCAGCGCCGCGCUCAGCCCCCCGGGGGGGUCCCAGCACCAUGCUGCGCCGCAAGCCCUCCAACGCCAGCGACAAGGAGCCGUGCCACAGGAAGCUCUCCCUCCAGCGCUCCAGCAGCUUCAAGGACUUUGCCAAGGCCAAAGUCAGCUCCCCGGUGGCGAGCGAGAAGGAGUUCAACCUGGAUGAGAACAUCCCCGAGGAUGAGCCCAGCAGCGCAGCCCCCGAGGAGGCGGCGCGGAGCAGCGGGAUGAAGCUGGGCAAGAAGUGGCGGGCGGUCAUCUCCCGCACCAUGAACCGCAAGAUGGGCAGGAUGGCCGUGAAGGCGCUGGCCGAGGGGAAGCAGGCAGAGGCGGAGGAGGAGGGGUCCCCGUCCCCGCUGUCCCCAACCAGCAGCACGGAGGAGCCGAGCCACGAGAAGGUGCCCCUGUCCUACAUGGAGCUGGAGGAGGACGGGCACCCGGCCGUCAGCCGGCAGCUGUCCAGCGGCAGCGAGGCGUCCAGCCCCGGCCCCAACAACCGGGACAGCCUGAGGCUGGAGGAGGGGGGCCCGGCUUACACCGGCCCCUUCUGUGGCAGGGCCCGUGUCCACACCGACUUCACACCCAGCCCCUACGACAAGGACUCGCUGAAGCUGCGGAAAGGGGACAUCAUCGGCAUCAUCGAGAAGCCGCCCGUGGGCACCUGGACGGGGCUGCUCAACAACAAGGUGGGUUCCUUCAAGUUCAUCUACGUGGACAUCAUCCCCGAGGAGAUGGCCCCUGCCCGCAAGAGCCGGGGCCAGGGCAAGAGCAAGAGGCCCAAGCCCAAGACGCUCCACGAGCUGCUGGAGCGCAUCAACCUGCAGGAGCACACCUCCACCCUGCUCCUGAACGGCUACCAGACCCUGGAGGACUUCAAGGAGCUGCGGGAGACCCACCUCAACGAGCUGAACAUCACGGACCCCCAGCACCGCGCCAAGCUGCUGACAGCCGCCGAGCUCCUCCUGGAUUACGACACAGCCAGCGAGUCAGAGGAAGGUGACAGCUCCGAAGCCCAGCCCUCGCCCUCGGAGCCCAAGGGGGACAUCCCGCGGGACUCGGGCUGCUUCGAAGGAUCCGAGACGCUGGACGGCAGCCGGGAGGAGGCUGAGCUGGCAGGCCCCGAGGGGCAGCCGGGGGCUCUGUCCCCAGCAGAGUCCUCCUGAUCUCCCCCCAAAAGCGCUUCGCCGGCUCUGGCCCAGCAGCGGACAGGAGGGGAAGCUUGCCGGGGUGCGGGCGAGCCGUGGGGAUGGGACCCCAACGCAGGAGCUGCUCUGAAGGGGGCUCAGCCCCCAAGGUUUGCUCCCCGGGACGUUCUGCGCUGCCCCACAGCACUGCCCCACGCCCUGGGUGAGCCCAGGUGAUGCCGCAGGUCUGCGAGCCGGGGCUGGGCCGCCCCUCCUGGGCUUGCCCCGUGUUGUCCACAGCUUCAGGAGCUCCCCCAGGAGCCCUCGUUGGCUGGGCUGAGCAAACACGAGCGCAGGGGAGCCUGCGAGGACAGGGAUGGCACGGACAGAGCACACCCGCUGCUGCGCGGAUGGGUGCAAGCAAGCAGAGGCAGCAAGGAAGCGCUGCCAGCAGCAGGGAGGUGCCGCCUUCCCCCGUCCUCCUCCUUGCCCAGCCAAAGCAGACAGCGGGAGGCCGGCGGGAGAGCUUCAGCCAAGCCCUGCGAGCAGCCCAGCCCCAGCAGGAUGGCCGGGGGGAGCACGGACACUCAGCAGCCUGCUCCGGAGGGGACGGCGGAGGAGCAGAGCCGAGCACCGCGCUGCCCGCAGGUGGACAGGGCCGUCCCCAGGGACCCCACAGGACAGCCCCUUGCAGCCAGGCAGGGAAGGCGGCAGAAGAGGAGCCCACGGGUGACAAAUCCCCGGGCUCGGUGGCAGCGCAGCGCUCGCCCGGCCCCAGCUCUCAGGGCUGCACUCACCCAGCUCCAGCUCCCAUGCCACGCCAGACCGCUGGGCCCCGAGUUUGUUCCUUUGCGCUUGAGCUCAAUAAAAGCGUGCUCUGGC